AUGUUUUUAAUUCAGAUAUGGAAAAUAUAUAGAUUUUUUUUAAUAUUUUUUUUAUGUACAAAAAUUUUUGAAAUAGUAUGUUAUAGUAAGCACAUAUCAAGGUUCCAAUAUUUUGUCAUAAAUCCGCCAAAAAGAGAAUAUUUGAAUUUUAUUAAUAAAACGUCACAUAAUAUAAAAGAUAUAAUAAAAAAGAAAAAACAUAAAAAAUUGUAUUCAAUAAAAAUUUCAAAUUUACUCGAUAGCAAUAUUCCUGAUGAAUAUUUAAAGUAUAAUAUUCCACAAGAGCCAAUAUAUCCCUUUAUAACAGUUCCUGAUAAUCUAUAUACAAGACAAUGGAACGAAUCGAACAAUAGUGAAAAAGGAGGAAAUGAAGAGAAUAAUGAAAAUAGCGAAAGUAGUAUUGUAAAGAAAGAAGUUGAAAAUUCAAAUAAAGAAAAAGAAUCUACUAAUCCAACAAUAGAAGAUUAUAUAAAUGAUAUAAAUUAUGAAAAAUAUAUACACCCAAGUUUAAUUAAAAGUAUAGAUAAAAAUAACCAAUCUAAUAUACCAUAUGAUUUACAAAAAUAUAUAAAUAAGGAUCAAAAAAUUUACCAAGUAGAUUGUUUUCUUGAAAGUGAUAUGGAAGAUGACCUUACCGAAUAUGAUGCAUACUUUAAUGGUAUUGGGCCAUGGCCAUCUUUUUAUGAAUUAAAAAAAAAUAAUAAUAAUUAUGAAUUUAAAAAAACAGAUAUGGAAAUAGAAUAUAAUAUUUCAUAUGAUAAAAAGGAAUAUUUUGAAUAUAAAAAAAAGAUGCUUACUGAAAAUAAAACCAAAUGUGAUAAUAAUGAAACAGAAAACGAAGAAGAAUAUAAAUCGGAAACAUUACCAGAAACUGUUGAUGAAAUAAGAAAACUAUAUUAUAAAAAGGAUGUAAAGACAAUUAAGGAGGCAAAAUAUGAAUUCCAAAAAUGGAAUGAGCGAAGUAAAUAUUCUAGAAAAAACUGGAGAUUAACAAAAGAGGAAUUUGAAAUGUUACCAUCUGAAAUACAACAAUUAUAUUUAAAAUUAAGAAAAAAAUAUAAAAAAAAAAAUGAUGAAAUAAUAGAAAAAUAUAAAGAAUACUCAGCAGGUGGUCAUAGGUUAUUAACAAUGGAUCAAUUUGAUGAAAAAAAUCAAAACAAUUUUUACACACAAGAUGCGAAUGAAGAAAUUGUCAAAAAAAAUACAUUGAAUGAUAUAGAAAAUGAAAUAAAUAAUAAUAACAAUAAUUCAAAUGAAGAAUUUCGUCUUCUUGAAAAUAAUAUAUUAUAUAAUAAACCCAAAUCACCAAUUGAUAACAUGUUAUAUGAAUGGGAUGAUUCGUUAAACUGUUACUGGAGAGAAAGAACAAAAGAAGUUAUUCGAGAUGUAAUAAUGUAUGAUUAUCCAUAUAAAGAAUUAAGAAGAGCAUCUAAUUUGGAUUUAUAUGAUAUUUCAUGGUCUGCUGGAAAAAUGGAUAUAUAUAUAACUGUAGAAGAGGGAAAAAACUAUAAAAUAACUUUAUUUGAUUUAAAACAACUAAUAAAAAAAAUUGCUAAAAGGUUAAAAGAUUUAGAAAUUGAAGAAGAUAUUUAUGUUUUACCAUUUUAUGAACUUAUUGUUUCUUCAUUACCUAGUAAAAAUAUUUUAGUUUGUAGACGGGACUGGAAUCAAAACAUAGGGAGAAAAGUUAUUUGUUUUUUUAAAAAUAAAAAUCAAGAACCCAUAAUAGGAACGUUACUAGGAUCUCCUAGUGCAUUCCAUGUAAUCAUAAAUAUAAACAAUGAGUAUAUAGAAAAUGUAUUAAUAGAUUCCCUCGAUAAAAUAAUUAUAAAAGAUGAACUUAAAAAGGAAGACAAAAAUGAUAAUAGUCAAAUUAUGUUACAAGCAAAAAUAGAUAAAGAAAUUAACACAGAGAAUGAUGAAACAAAACAAAACAAACUUGAAAAAGAAGAAAUAGAUCAUGUAAAUAAUUUUAAUGAUGAAAAUUCAAAACUUUCUAUUAAUGAAUCAAUUUUGUCAGAUGUUGAUGAGUUAAAUGAUUCGGAUCUUUCCGAAAUAGAAAGAUUAAAAAAAAAUAAUCAAUCAAAUAAUAAUAAUAAUAAUAAUCAAAAAGAUAUAAAAACAAUUCAAAGCAUUGACAAUAUAGAUAAUGAUGGUAAUUCAAACAUAAUUAAUGAAUUUGAUGAAUAUCAAAAUGAUGAAUAUGAAACAGAAGAAGAGUAUUCAAACAUUGCAGAUAAUGACAUCGAUACAUAUAAUGAUGAUUAUGAUGAUAUUUAUGGAAAUGAACAGUAG